AUGGAGAAGACUCUGACGGCUACCUACUUGGAAUUGGACGAUGACCGCAUCAACCAGCUCAUGCAGGCAGCCCACCAGGGCCUGCUUUGCGAAGUCCAAUCCCUUCUUUAUGGCGUUUCCCCGAACGUCCAAGACCAGACCGGUCGGACGGCCUUCUCCUGGGCCGCAUCCUGUGAUCUCUCCCGGGCGCAGUCCCUAGAGGAACGAGACCGUUGCGAUAUUCUGUUGCAGUAUCUCCUGGACAGAGGUGCCAAUCCCGAUCUUGGUGACCACCAUGGCGAGACUCCUCUCCACUGGGCAGUCAAAGGUGGAGACUCCGACAUGGUAGACCUCCUUCUAACGAAGGGAGUGGCCUCCGAUAUCGCAGACUCCCGUGGUCGUACGCCAUUAUCACGUGCAGCGGGACAAGGACACUGCAGGAUCGUGCAGUUAUUGCUAUCCACAGGGAGAGCGGAUCCAGAUAGCAAGGAUAGCCGGGGUCGGACCCCGCUAUCCUGGGCUGCCGAAAACUGGCACUUGGAUACCGUGCGUGCAUUGAUUGCGCACGGUGCUAGCGCCGAUAUCCACGACCACGAGGGGCAGAUUCCACUCUGGUGGGUCAUCAGUAACCACAAUAAGAGACGGGAGGCAAACGGGCAGCAUGCAGAUGACUUCCAACAGUGGCUCGCCGCUCUCGGACCGACGCAUGGUGUGGAGCCGAUGACCAAGGCCCGGCGAACCUUUCUAGCCUGGGCGAGUGAACGUGGCGAUACAGUGCUUGUGCACGAGCUGCUCAAGACGACCUGGGCAGAUCCAAACUCUAUUGAUCGCUACAGGAAGACCCCGUUGGUGUACGCGCUGGAAUGGAGUCACUACGAAAUAGCGGACAUGCUUAUGUCUGGCUCUGGGGACGACAUGAACCCUAAGCAUGAUGUUGUGUCGCUCAAGCUGAUGGUCCAAGAGAGCCGAGCUCGGUUGCUGAAACCGUUCUUGGAGCGGUACAAGCCUGACCUUAGCAACGAGGAUGAGUCAAGCCCAAUUCCUUUGAUGAGAUGGGCGCUGCAGCAGGCUGAUCGCUCGACGGUCGCCGUUCUCCUGGAACACAAGGCAGGUGUGGAUGGGCUGGAGAACGGAGAUUGGUUCGGCCCUUGCAGCACGGCUGGAGCAUCAGCAAAUUUAAUGUUGGCUCAAGCCCGAACCGAUGGAGCCUCGAUUCCCGUGAUGGAUAUGACCAUUCCGGAUGGUGAUCGUGCCACCUUAACGGCAUUGUUAAGCCAUCGGAGGCAGAUGAUGGCGCUUGACGAUGGCUACGAAGGACGCUACAGCCGUGGGCUGAAACCGAGCGUCGCCGUGGAUAUCGUGGUUUUCCGGGAUGGGCGUCGCGCGGCGCGCUGGAUCACGGAUGAUACUCUGUACCAGGACAUCAAGGCAAUGCCGAAGACGGCGGACGAAACACAUCUGUUGCUUUUCCGGGAGAAUAAUUACUGGAAUACAUAUUGCCAGCUGACCGAUACGCCAAACGAGCUGCAAUUCUCCCUGGGAAAUAAGAGUCCCUGCCGGACGUUCUCGCUGUUCAUCCGCUUGGACAUGAAGAUUGGAACAUCCUUUACUGAUGACGGGGACGACGACCGCAAGGUCCGCAUUAUCGAAUGGGCCGUCCUUGAAGCGCCCCAGAAGGCAAUUCACUACUUCAGUAACCUACCAUACGGGUGGAUCCCAGAAAGUGACCUAGAGCUGGUGCAGCUUUUUAUGCAAACGUGGCGGGACGACUGGAUCGCAUUUUGCCGGGAGGCUAGAGGGUACUUGGGGCGGCUGCGAACGCACCAAUUGACCGCCCGAGGCAAAGACGACCGGCUCAUCGACUCCAUCGCGGAAAGCAUGCAGCAAUGGACGCAGAUUCAGGCAGCGUUGGCCGAGCAGCUCAGUCAGGCUCGGAACUUUGUUACGCAGUACCAGCGGUUUAGCGAGACGCGCAAGUUCAGUGAGAAGAUGCAGGGCAUGAUUGAUGGGCUAGAUAAAGAGAUAUCGGGGCAGAUUGAUAAGUUAGAGCAGACGGUUCGCGAUUUGCUGCAGAUUGAAUUUGCGUGGGUAUCGAUCAACGAGGCGCACCGGUCGACUAGUUUGGCGACGAGCAUGAAACGGCUCAGUUGGAUUACAUUCGUUUUCCUUCCAUUGACAUUUGCAUCGUCUGACUGCGCAGAGCUUAUUCGGCAUGAACGUGGAUAUUCUGAGCGACAAUCCUCCAUGGCACUGGUAUCCGCUCGUCGGGGGAGUGUUACUGCUAUUAACGGUGGCAGUAUGGUUGUCAACCAAGUUUACAAAUGUUGA